CAGCUGUUCUAGAGUUCACUCAAAUCAGCUGACUGCUGAGCUGAGUGUGGAUUACCACCUUUAGUUUGAGCCAUGUUUACUUCCUUGUCUCUUCUUCUCAUCCUCACAACUGUCAUGGCCGCCCUAGCCGAGCCCCCCAGAGUGUCUGUAGCCCAGGGGGAGCUGCAAGGCUCCUGGAUGAAGACUCGUGGAGGUCGUCAAAUAGCUGCGUUCCGGGGUAUACCUUACGCUGCUCCCCCUACCAAACAACUGAGGUUCAAAAGCCCACAACCCCCUGAGCCGUGGAAGGGACGGAGAAUUGCUAGGGAAGAUGGACAUCCGUGCAUUCAGUUUCACCCCUUCUUCAGUAUACAUGGAGAAGAAGACUGCUUGUACUUGAAUGUGUACUCGCCAAAUAUUUCCAAUGAGGAAAAAUUACCAGUUUUGUUCUUCAUUCAUGGUGGAGCGUUCAGGACUGGUUCGGCAGAAAGCUUUGUUUACCACCCUAAAUUUAUCUUGGAUGAAGAUGUAGUUCUUGUUACAGUAAAUUACAGACUGGGUGUUUUUGGGUUUUUGAGUCUGGAGGAUGAAGUUGUUCCUGGCAACUUUGGUCUGAAGGAUCAGAGAGCAGCCUUGAGAUGGGUGAAGGAGAAUAUAGAACAGUUUGGAGGAGAUCCCUCGGCUGUCACUCUGUUUGGGGAGAGUGCAGGAGCUGCUAGUGUCCAUUACCACAUAUUGUUCAACUCUGAUGAAGGAUUGUUCAGAGCUGGUAUCCUGCACAGUGGCGCCGCCCUGACGGCUGGUAGUUUCCAAAGACCUGGAGACCAGAAGCCUCUAGUCCAGUAUCUCCUGGACAAGACUGGGUGUCCUGAGGGAGACAGUGCUUCUCUCCUGGAGUGUCUGCAAAAGAUUCCCGCCUUCAGGCUGACACGAUACGUUCAUCUUUUUUCUCCGCCGCUUGACAGUCUAAUGAGAAGAAUAGAGUUGAGUCCUACGAUAGAACCUGAUUGUGUGGAAGAUGUGUUUGUGACAGCUGAUCCUUGGAACAAGACAAUGUCAGUGCCUUUGAUUGUCGGAACCAACCAGUACGAAGGGAUGUUCAUAAUACAUGAUUUCCUAAUGGAUGAAACAAAUAAAAAAUUCAAUCACUUCAGUUCCGAGUUUGAGAAGAUAUUACCUUACAAUUUAAUGUUCAACACAAGUGCUGAGGAUCCUGAGUACGUUAGCAAACAAAUACGAGAAUUUUACAUUGAUGGAAAGGAAACCAAAAGGGAAAACUUCAUGCAACUUGUUGAUCUGAUCAGUGAUGGAAUUUUUACCUAUGGAGUCGCAAAAACUGUGGAGAAAAAUACUGCUGAUACUUACUUGUACUCCUUUAACUAUCUUGGAUCAAAAUCAUAUCUAAACCUCCUGGGGUAUGAAAACUCAUAUGGUCCAACACACGCAGAUGAACUGUUCAUGUUUUUCCCGAUGCCUUUCAACAGAGCUCUACGGAAAGAGAACAAGACUGAGGAAGAUAUAGAAAUGUCACAACAGUUGAUAAAAAUGUGGAUUAAUUUUGCUCAUAAACUAACUCCAGUACCUGAGGGCUCAGAAGUCGUAUGGGAGUCUGCAGGAAGUGAUUUGCAAUACCUCAACAUCAACGGUCCUGGGAAUAUGUCAAUGGAGUCUGGUUAUUAUAAGGAGAGAGUGGCAUUCUGGGAAAAUUUACCAUUUCGUAAUAAACCACUGCCAGAUCUCCAGAGCUGUUUAGCUUAGAAGACAUUUCAAUACCACGAGAUGUUUGUUUUGUUAACUAUUUUUAAUGAAUUAAACGCUUUACUCAUAAU